UAACAUCGAUGUUUCUCCACCUCUAGCUGCUACAGCCACAGUUUAAAUUUUGGGCAUUCGCUCGGUUUUCUGCCAAAUCUUUUCCGUAAAACUCCGCGAGUGUGCAUUUAAGAGGCGCGAAGCCAAGCCGUUUUCGGUGUACAAUUGCAGGGCUAGCAGGCGAUAACUGGAGGGCCGCCUGUGGAGACGCCAGGCCAAGGCAAAAAAAAAUCGGAUCAACCGACAGACAAAGCUGAACUGCGGUCGUCGCCGACAAAGUGCGCUGUGCACACGGACGACCAGAGAAUCGGUACGCGAGCGAACGAGCGAGUUUUUUCGCGUUUCAGUUUGGGUGUUUGGCUUUCAGUUACCUGCGCGCAGCAACCCUGCAUUUGGCCCUGUUCUGCACCUCGCGGCGGUUUCGGCGGCUUUAGUUUUUGGCCAGGAUUGCUUCCUUUGGGCCAGCAGCGCUUCGUGUCCGUGUGCGGCAGGCCAAACUACGUAAGCGGGCGAAAGCAGCCCCGCAUAGUUUAGUCCGUGUGGCAGCGUUUUCGGCUGCGUGCUCCUGGGGCACCCGAGUACCAGCUCGACCGGGCUUCUGUUCGCAAGUGUUUGGCCACAGCCAGCAUCCUGGAGAAGCAAAACAAGCGCGCCCAGCUCAUCCGGGACAAGAUGGUGUUGGCGGAGCGCAACACCACGGACGUGGUGCGUAACGGGCGUCGCUCACGUGGUCCCAGUCCCAAUACCCACACCACGGGAGGCGGCGGCGUCACCAACAGCACCAACAGCCUGGUGGGCAGCGGCGGAGGAGGAGGCGGCGGCGGCGGUGGCAACUCCGGGAACUCGGGGAACACCGGGGCUAACGAGAAGACCACCACAGCCGUGCCGGGCGCAGGAACGCCGGAAAGCUCGGACGACGACAACUCCACCAAGCGUAACGGCAAGAGCAAGGCCAAACAGUCGGAGUACGAAGAGAAAAUCCGCGUGGGACGUGACUACCAGGCCGUGUGCCCGCCGCUCGUUCCCGAGGUGGAGCGACGACCCGAACAGAUGAACGAACGCGCCCUGCUCGUCUGGUCGCCCACCAAGGAGAUCCCCGACCUAAAAUUGGAGGAGUACAUCUCGGUGGCCAAGGAGAAGUACGGGUACAACGGCGAACAAGCCCUGGGCAUGCUCUUCUGGCACAAGCACGACCUGGAGCGGGCCGUCAUGGACCUGGCCAACUUCACGCCCUUCCCGGACGAGUGGACCAUCGAGGACAAGGUGCUGUUCGAGCAGGCCUUCCAGUUUCACGGGAAGAGCUUCCACCGCAUCCGCCAGAUGCUGCCGGACAAAUCAAUUGCCAGUCUGGUCAAGUAUUACUACUCGUGGAAGAAGACGCGCCACCGCAGCAGCGCCAUGGAUCGCCAGGAGAAGACCAUCAAGGCGGUGGUCAAGGAUGGCUCCGAGAACGGCAGCGAGGUGGGCAGCAAUGAGGAGUCUGAUAACGAUGACAAGAAGGGGCAUGGCAACAAUAGCAUCACAAAUAUCAACGAUGCCACCACGAACACAACCAACAACACCGCCACCACCAACACCACUACCAAUUCCCCUGCAAACACCACUGCCAACACCAUCAGCAACAACAACAACCACAACAGCAGCAGCAACAGCCACAGCAUCAGCAACAACAACAACAACGGGGAUGAGAACAACCAAGGCGGCGGAAGCAACAGCAGCAACACGAGCCACAACGACCUGGACACCGAGCCGAUGUCCCUUCUCGCCGGCGGAAAUGCCCAGGGUGGCGACGAGGUGCUGGGAUUCGAUGGUGGUGCCAUCAGUGGCACCAACGGCAGCAGCAACAACGGCGAGAUCGCUGGCGGACGCGUGGUUGUGGGCGGUUUUUGCAAGAUUUGCAAUGUGGUCUGCCAUGUGCUGCACGACUCACCGCUGGGGCGCAUGUGCAAGAGUUGUCACACCCACUGGAGGCGCACGGGCAACCGGCGACCCAUUUCCGGGCCGGAGGGCAAUGCCCCUCGCAGAUCCACACACAACUGCGCCGCGACUGCCGAUCGUUCCAAGCGCAAGCCGCCCAAGGGGAUGUACAUCAACCAUGAUGACCUAACGGCCCUCGCGAGCUCCAAGAAUCCCUGUGUCUACUUGGCGGAACGCGAUCGAAAGAUCACAGCCCUUAUGGCCGAAAUACAGAAGAAUAGGCAGCUGAUGGAGCAGCUGGACAAGGAGUGCGAGUCCAUCAACGUUGAGGAUGUGGUCGCCAAGCCGGCGGCGGGCAACUCCUCCGAACCUGCUCAGCCACGGAUCUCUGCUCGCUGGUUGCCGGACGAGAUCCAGGUGGCUCUGCUGGCGCUACGCGAGUACGGCAAAAACUUUCCUAUGAUUGCCAAGCUGGUGACCACCAAGACGGAGGCUCAUGUGCGUACCUUCUUUGUGAACAAUCGGCGCCGUUACAAUCUUGACCAGAUCGUCAAGGAGUACGAGGCUGGAAAGUCUGAGGAGUCGGGUCCGGAGAACGAGCAGAACGAACCGGCUGCCGACGGAGCAGGAGCAGCAGCAGUGGCUGCUUCAGCGACCGCAUCAGCACCCAGUGCUGCUGACUCCGCUGCCGCAUUGAGUGCGACGGCCGCCAGGAAGCAGUCCACCGAGGCCAGUAACAACGGAACCGUCGUCGUCGAUCCCAGCCAGGAGUCGUUGCCCAAGCAGGAGGACCACAAGAAGGCGGUGCUGGGGACGACGGCUGCGCUCAAGAGUGGUGGUGGCGACGCCACAGAUACUCCGCCCAUUGUGGCAUCCAGCGGCAGCUCCAGCACAGCCUCUGGCGGCACCGUUGCUGCCGGUCCCACCGCCGGCAACAAGUCCACAAGCAGUGCUACGAUCACCAUCACGGACGAGUCCGACGCGGCCACGAACUCGAGCAGCGAUGUGGUCACCACUGGACCGGCCGGAGCCACCGGUUCGUCGUCUCUGUCCAGCGCAAGCUCUGUGCCCGCAUCCAAAUCCCAAGCCAGCAGCGAGGAGCUGCCGUCGGCUCUGAAGUCCAAUCCUGCGAGCGCUGCCGUGGCAUCGGGAGCUACUACUGCGGCGAGUGCCAGCCCAGCCGCCAAUCCCUCAAGCAAGCGGGACAGCACCGCAAUGGCCACUGCCGAGCAGCCACCGGCCAAGAAGGUCGCGCUGAGCGGCGGCACCGGCGGUGCAGAGUUCCUGGGCAAGUGAGGAGGCGGAUGUGUUCACUCCCGAUAUAUAUACACGCAUAAAUAUAUAUACCGGUACAUAGAAUAGCUUGGUGUUGAUGGGCAGCCGCCAGGAAGAUGUGUAAGCGCGACCCGCUGGGAAUACACUUCCAAGAGUGGUGCAGUCUGCCGGAUUCCUUUUUUUUUUUCAAAUGUCUAUAAAUCCUGGGACGCAUUUACUAUGAAACAGCAUCACGGCUUAAACUAGGCUCUUAGAAAUUAGUUUGUUUCUAUUUCGGGUAAUAUUGAAGCGACUAAUGUUACCCCUGAACCGAGGAUCGUAUAAACAUAAAUACUUUAAACACAGAA